UAAUCAGUGAUUGCAUUGGUAGAGUCUUUGAGCUGACCCAUAAUCCAAAGAGAUGGUUUUUUGCCUUUGAUUUACUUACGUAGCACAGUUUGACAGGCAAAAGAUGUUUGAUAUCUCACAAAGGAAUAAUGCUUAGCAGUCUUCACCUCAAUGUCAUACAAUGAGCAGCAGAUCUGAUAGACCUCAACUGACUGUUCUCUAUGAAUAGUUUUGGCAUCAGCUGAAAAUAGUACUGAGGAUAACUUGCAUUGACCAUGUGAUGACACUUUGAGUUGCAAAAUUGCUUUCAGAUAACUUGCACUGAAAAAGUAAAAAUAGCGCAGGGCGUUAGACUCAUCUACGUGGAAUGUAUAUAUGCAAAAAUAGGGCUCCUUAAGAUUUAGUUUGUCUAGGCAGAACAACUUGUCAUGUUACACUGCUUCACUUUUAGACAAACAAUUUGCACUGAUAAGGUUGCAGGCUGUGCUAUUUUGAAGUGUGCAGCAAACAUUGGGGAAGCAGUAAUUUGUCUGUUAGUAGGAAGUAGUGUGGCUCUGGCAUUGGCUGGCUUAGAGUAAGCUGGGAGCGUUCACUCUCCCUCCACAAGUAUGGCAACGUCUGCGCAAUACAGGCAGCUGAUAAAUGACUACGGGCCCCCAUCGCUAGGGUACACACAAGGGAUACAGGGUACCAGCAGCAGUCAAGUACCGCAGAGCAAAUAUGCAGAACUUCUAGCUAUCAUUGAAGAAUUAGGAAAAGAGAUCAGACCCACAUAUGCUGGGAGUAAAAGUGCGAUGGAGAGGCUAAAACGAGGCAUUAUUCAUGCUAGAGGAUUAGUUCGGGAAUGCUUGGCUGAGACUGAACGAAAUGCAAGAUCCUAGCCCAUGAAUGCAGCUACAAGAUCUUCCAUCUCUUAAUGAAGAAAAAGUAAUGCCUACUCAUUCUGACUCUUGAAACAUUCAGACAAAUUCCUUUAUUUUGAAGGUUUUACCUUUCUUUUUGCCUUUAAAAAUGUAUAGUGAAGAAUGACAAAACAAGGAUUUUUCAACUUGCUGAGGGUUGGCAUUUUGUAAAGACACUAAAACUCCCUAAGGCGUUUCUAAACCAUGAAAACUGAACUGCAUGCAGAGGAAUGCUCUCUCCUAGGCUAUAUUUCAGUUCACUUCCUAUCCAGCCACAAUCCCGUUGUUGGGUUUUUUUAAAUCCUUUUUACUGUAUCAACGUAACCCCAAACUGUCAGUCUUUCAAAGUUUGACAUAAGCUGUAAGGACUUUUUUUUUAUUAAAUAAAUGCAGAAUAGCAUGCUGUACUUAGUAGUCUGCUAUGCCACAAUUUGCCAUACAGCAUAGACCCUGCUUAAAAAUAAUAACCUUCUCCUCUUACUUUUCCUUUUUUGUUCAUUUUGCAUAAACACUUGCAUGACUAAUAGUGCUUUGAAGUCCUUUUAAAGUGCAUGAAUUAUAUGGAAAAUAGGGAAGCCUAUUAAAUAAUAACAAGGUUCUGGAAAGCUAAUUUCUACAUUAAGGCUGGAGAUUUCAGUUUUAAGUUUGCAAAAAAAAAAAAAAAAAGAAAAUUCUGGAUAAAUUACUAAAACUUAUUUGCAUCUUUUUAUGUAUUUAUUACUUGAUGUAAUAAAGCUUAUUUUCAUUAACAGUU